ACUGAACUACAUCUCCCUUAGCAAUUCGGUGCCCUGGCUACGGUGGUCGGUGAGGGGAUCGCGUGACGGCGACGGCCGCGAACUGCUCGCCAAGAUGGCGGACGAGGAGGGCGAAGGGCUGCAGCGCUCGGCGCCGGCUCCGCACCGCAACGGGGGGGGCGGGACCGGGCCGGGGGGGCCCCGCGUCGUCCGCAUCGUCAAGUCGGAGUCCGGCUACGGCUUCAACGUGCGGGGCCAAGUGAGCGAGGGCGGCCAGCUGCGGAGCAUCAACGGGGAGCUGUACGCGCCGCUGCAGCAUGUCAGCGCCGUGCUGGGCGGGGGGGCGGCCGACCGCGCCGGGGUGCGCAAGGGGGACCGCAUCCUGGAGGUGAAUGGCGUGAAUGUAGAAGGGGCAACGCACAAGCAGGUGGUGGACCUGAUUCGAGCAGGAGAGAAGGAGUUAAUACUGACAGUGUUAUCCGUUCCGCCCCAUGAGGCUGAUAACCUCGACCCCAGCGACGACUCUUUGGGGCAGUCGUUCUAUGACUACACCGAAAAGCAGGCUGUGCCCAUUUCCAUCCCCACAUACAAACACGUGGAGCAGAAUGGCGAGAAGUUUGUGGUUUACAAUGUUUACAUGGCAGGGAGGCAGCUGUGUUCGAAGCGGUACCGGGAGUUUGCCAUCCUCCACCAGAACCUGAAGCGGGAGUUUGCCAAUUUCACCUUUCCACGCUUGCCGGGGAAAUGGCCUUUCUCUUUAUCGGAGCAGCAGUUGGAUGGCAGGCGCCGAGGGCUCGAGGAGUAUCUAGAGAAAGUAUGUUCCAUACGAGUCAUUGGGGAGAGCGACAUCAUGCAGGAGUUCUUAUCGGAAUCGGACGAGAAUUACAAUGGUGUGUCAGAUGUGGAACUAAGAGUAGCACUACCGGACACAACAACAGUGACAGUCAGGGUCAAAAAGAACAGCACUACAGACCAGGUGUAUCAGGCUGUGGCUGCAAAAGUAGGAAUGGACAGCACUACAGCAAACUACUUUGCCUUGUUUGAAGUGAUCAAUCACUCCUUUGUGCGUAAACUGGCGCCCAAUGAAUUCCCACACAAGCUCUACGUACAGAACUACACGUCGGCGGUGCCGGGGACUUGUCUGACUAUCAGGAAAUGGCUCUUCACUACAGAAGAGGAAGCCCUCCUGAAUGACAAUGACCUCGCGGUUACCUACUUCUUCCACCAGGCUGUAGAUGAUGUGAAGAAAGGUUGCAUCAAAGCUGAGGAAAAGUCCUACCAGUUACAGAAGCUGUCUGAGCAGAAAAAGAUGGUCAUGUAUUUAAACAUGCUGCGGACAUGUGAGGGUUACAAUGAGAUCAUCUUCCCCCACUGCUCCUGCGACUCCCGGCGAAAGGGUCAUGUGAUCACAGCCAUCAGCAUCAAGCACUUUAAACUCCACGCCUGCACAGAGGAGGGUCAGCUAGAGAACCAGGUAAUAGCAUUUGAGUGGGACGAGAUGCAGCGGUGGGACACAGACGAAGAGGGAAUGGCAUUCUGUUUUGAAUACGCACGAGGAGAGAAGAAACCUCGAUGGGUUAAAAUCUUCACCCCAUAUUUCAACUACAUGCACGAGUGCUUCGAGCGGGUGUUCUGUGAGCUCAAGUGGAGGAAGGAGGUGGAGGAGGAAGCGACAGACAAGGAUAACAAGAACUUCAGUAAAGACAAUAUGUGCAGCAAGAAUAUCUUUCAGAUGGCCAGAUCACAGCAGAGAGACGCCGCCACUUAGCCCCUCCUGUCGUGGAAGAAUGUAACCCCACCCCCCUCCAAAUUAACACUUAAAAAAAGAUUUAAAAAAUUCUGUUAUUGUAUUAAAAGCCCUUAAACUAAAUAUUAUUAAUAACAAA